GUCGAUCAAUAAAACUAAGCAACGUCAACGGCCUCUGGAUAGUCACGUGAUACAGUUGAACACGAUGUUUUGACGGAGGAGCUUGGUGAAGGAAGCAGUUAUCAUUUUCAGUCUAGAGCUGGUUUUUAGUGAAAGCUAUCGAAGUGGAAAUAAGGUGAUCAAGCUAAUGGAUUCAAAAGGUAUCAGCAGUGCGCCCCCAGCCUACGCUGACUCAGUACCACCACCAAGCUAUCCUGCAAGUGCUCCUUAUCCUGCAGGGCCUCCAAUGGAAGCACCUAUGGCACCUGCAUAUCCUGUCCAACCUGCUCAGCCUCCUGUUGUGGUGCAGACAGUAUACGUACAGCCAUCUCAGAGUUUCGGUGCACAGCCGGUGCAGACAACCUGUCCAACUUGUCAUCAGGUAGUGUUGACACGUGUUCGCUACACACCGGGAGCACUGACCUGGAUCAGCUGUGGAGGUCUCUUCGUGUUUGGAUGCAUACUUGGCUGCUGCUUGAUCCCAUUUUGCAUUGACAGCCUUCAGGAUGUGGACCACAACUGUCCAAAUUGUGGAACGCACCUUGCGUGCUUCAGACGCUUGUAAAAUCUUGCCUCAAGAUUUGAUUGUUCUUCUAUAAAAAUAUUAAGUUUUGAUGCUGAUUCUUAUUUGUAACUUGCAUAAUGAAAUUUUUAUUUUACUUGAAGAUGGAUGCUCACAACUGUUAGCUCUGGGCAUUCUUCUUCCUUGAUACCUGCUGCCUGUCUCUCUAAUCUGUUACUGGAAGAUAUGUAUAACAGAUCAUGCACUGCAUACAAUUAUAAAGAAAUUAUAUUUAUAAAUGAAA